AUGCUAGUGGAUGAGUGUCAUACUAGAUGGACAAGGCUAAGGGAGCGUUAUUCGCGAGAGAAGAAACAAAAACAAGAAGAAACGACAACCGGAAGCGGAGUUUCAAAGCGAAAGACCUUCGAAUUUUUCGAUAACAUGCACUUCUUGGAUCCUUUCGUCAAAAAGAGAAGGACGAUGACAAACGUACAAAGAAGAAAUGUGUCUCCAUCAGCAAGAUACUGCAAUCUUAAAAAAAACUUUGGCGCAAAAAAUGAAAAAAAUAAUUUAUUGCAGAAUUCCUCAAACGUGCAAAUAAGUACGCCUCCGUCAACAGGAUACAGUCUUGAACAAAACUUUGGCGCAAGCGGUGAAAAAGAAAACCUGUCUCCUGCGAACGUGACUACCUCAAUUAGACAGGUUUCAAUAGAUUGCAAUCCAAAUUCACGGCAAAAUAUAUUUAAAGAGGCUAGAUUCGACUCAGACAGUAAUGAAGUAGUUCCACGAACUUUUUCGCCUUCGCUAUCAUCAUCACUCUCUAAAACACCGUCUCCAUCUCCUGUAGUAUCUAUUGAAAAACAAACAGAUUCAUCUAACAUCCGUUCAUCUGAUUUUGAGAGAAAAAACGCCUCCGAUUUUGAGAAACAAAAUUUGAGUACAUUGCGGAUAAAACCAAAAGGAAAGUCUGAACAGGAUCUUCUACAGAAUACAAUUUGUAAAGUUACCUCUUUACUCGAGAACAAAUACUCUACAACUUCAUCGACGCUAUCUAUCAACUCGGAAGUACAAGAAGAUUUGACUUUUUGUCAGCUUAUACUAUCUUUACUUAAAAAUUUACCCCAAUCUGAAAAAACAGAAAAAAAGAAGCAAAUAUUGCGAAUUAUAUAUGAUCUGUAAAAGUAUGAUCAAACUCCUACUGUUCAA